AGCAGAAGAAUCUGGAGGGAUACGUGGGCUUUGCAAGCCUCCCCAACCAAGUGUACAGAAAGUCAGUGAAGCGGGGCUUUGAGUUCACUCUGAUGGUUGUGGGAGAGUCAGGGUUGGGAAAGUCCACGCUGAUAAACUCUCUGUUCCUGACGGAUCUGUACUCUGGAGAAUACCCCGGGCCUUCGCACAGAAUCAAGAAAACAGUUCAGGUGGAGCAAUCUAAAGUGUUGAUGAAGGAGGGGGGUCAGCUUCUUCUCACGAUAGUGGACACUCCUGGAUUUGGAGACGCUGUGGACAACAGCAACUGCUGGCAGCCGGUCAUUGAUCACAUCGACAGUAAGUUUGAGGAUUAUCUGAACGCCGAGUCCCGCGUGAACAGACGGCAGAUGCCGGACAGCAGAGUGCACUGCUGCCUGUACUUCAUCGCUCCCUCAGGUCAUGGACUGAAACCUUUGGACAUCGAGUUUAUGAAACGGUUGCAUGAGAAGGUCAACAUCAUCCCGCUAAUUGCCAAAGCAGAUACCCUGACCCCCGAAGAGUGCCAACAGUUCAAGAAACAGAUUAUGCGAGAAAUUCUGGAGCACAAGAUCAAAAUCUACGAGUUUCCAGAGACGGAUGAUGAGGAAGAAAACAAGAUCGUGAAGAAAAUCAAAGAUCGGUUGCCCCUGGCUGUGGUCGGAAGCAACACUAUCAUCGAGGCGAACGGCAAGAAGGUUAGAGGAAGGCAGUACCCGUGGGGAGUGGCAGAAGUUGAGAAUGGAGACCACUGUGAUUUCACACUCUUAAGGAAUAUGCUCAUCAGAACCCACAUGCAGGACCUCAAGGACGUGACGAAUAACGUCCAUUAUGAGAACUACAGAAGCAGGAAGCUUGCGGCCGUCACCUGUAACGGAAUCGACAACAACAAAACCAAAGGCCAGCUCACCAAGAGUCCCCUCGCCCAGAUGGAGGAGGAGAGAAGGGAGCAUGUGACCAAGAUGAAGAAGAUGGAGAUGGAGAUGGAGCAGGUCUUUGAGAUGAAAGUCAAGGAGAAGAUCCAGAAGCUGAAAGAUUCAGAGGCGGAGCUGCAGCGGCGUCAUGAGCAGAUGAAGAAGAACCUGGAGGCUCAGCAUAAGGAGCUGGAGGAGAGACGGCGUCAGUUUGAGGAGGAGAGAUCGACCUGGGAGACCCAGCAGAGAAUCCUGGAGCAGCAGAAAAUGACUUUGGAAAAGAACAAGAAGAAAGGGAAGAUCUUUUAAGAUGAUUUCGAUGAUGAUCAGGUUGUUCUCAUUGGCCAAUCCUCCCCGACCCGACACCCGCGUCGCCUUCAGACUCGGAGCUGUUCGUGGACCUUCAUGAACGUCAAGCCAAACCCUUACCGAUCUAAAACAAAUUCACUUACCAGCUGAUGUCUGCUGUUAUAUUCCAAAUUUAGCGAUACUCAUCAACCAAAUAACACGAACCUCCAUAACAGAAUAUGACUGUGCUCUAUUUUCCCCCCUUGAAAACAUGUAAACCUGAAGAAACCCAUAUAACGUGGCCAAAUUAAACAAUUGUAAAUGCACAAAUGGCGUCCGGAGGGGAUGGGCAAACGUAUUAUUUGCUCCUUUUGGCUUAUGAUUUAGUUUUUCUCUUACUGCAGAAGUGUUUCAAAAUAUAGUGUCUGUCUCGUCAAUAUCCUUUGACCACCUCCUAUAACUUCAUUAAUGUUAUUUCAGUUAUUUUUUUAUAUAUUAUAUAUAAAUAUGUAUACGUACACCAAGACAGCUAACGUAAUAUUUUUUUGUAUGUUUAUUAGAGUACUCCGCAGACUGGUGUCUUAAUACAUGGACGGUCUUUAUUACUCUUGAACGGUCGACUGGUUUCAGCAUGUUUGUCUGCUGUACAGUAUUUCCAGCUGUUAUAGGACAGAACCAGUCCAAAACUUGUUUUUCUUAUGUUCUCCAUCUAUGUAUUUUUAAUUUUAUUUUUCAUUUGUAUUGUACAGUCUCUUAAUAAACUUGUGAUGAUA